CAGCUGGUCACACUGUAUCUAAAAAAUUGGUUGGCCAGGAAAAAAUCAUCGAGGAAGUUGGACGUGUUAGAUCGGUGUGAAUUAUAUAGGUAGCAAAGUAUUUUUCGCUACAGUAAGGAAAACAAUAGUGCAAUAGUCCAGUAAUUGACAAGUCGCAUCACCUUGCUUUAAGUAUUUUGCUUCGCUUAAAUACAAAUCCUACAUUACACAUCCCAUAAAAACAAUCCCACAAAAUCAAAAACCCAUCAAAAUUAUGGUCAGCGUAAAGGUCAACGGAAAUCCCCAGAAUCGUUUAGUGAAUACCCAAAAGGUCAACGGCAACAUGGCAUUCCGUGGUAACCAGAAUCGCAACCGCAACUUUGGAGGUGGUAACAACAACUAUGGUGGUCCUAUGGGCACCAACCGCAUGGGCGGUAUGAAUAUGUCACCCUGGGAAUCGCAAAAUCCCGGCGGUGGACAGUUUGGCAACAAUAUGCGUCAGGGUGGCGGUCAAAUGAACGCCCAGGCCAUUAACCUGGCCAACAAUCUGCUGAACAAUCUGUUCAGGAACCAGAAUCCACCAUCGCUUCUGGAUUUGCCUCGCGGCGGCGGCGGCAUGGGAAAUCGCAAUCAACGCGGCGGCCCGAUGGUCAAUCGCGGCGGCGGUGCCGGCAAUCGUCUUAAUAACCGUCGUGGCCAGGGAGGUGGCUUCCAAAAUCGUGGCGCCACUGGUAGUGGACCCAAGCCCCCGCAAAAGCAGGGCGGCGGCGGUAUUCGCAAGCAAAAUGCUUUUGAUCGUGCCAAGAAACUUUUGGCUAAAAAUGCCAACCAAAAUAAAAAGAAGGAACCCACUCCUGGCGAAAAGAAAAUCGAGAGCCCAACCAAGGAGUCGCCGUACGCUAGUGUGCCCAACGAUAUGUUCUACUGUCAUCUGUGCAAGAAGCAUAUGUGGGACGCAAACUCGUUCGAGAACCACAUCAAGGGACGCACACAUCUGAUGAUGCGCGAGGGCAUUGAGGAGAGCUACCGCCUUAAGGCCAACAUGAUCCGUCAGGAGGCUAAGAUCGCCGAGCAGCUUAAGUCGAUUGAAUUCGACCGUUUGAAACGCAUGGGCAAGAGUAAGCAGCGUCAGUUGGACUACUGCACCAUGUGCGAUCUGAACUUCCAUGGUCAUAUCUCGACCCAUCGCAAGUCGGAGGGCCACUUGCAGCUGAAGAAGUUCCUUCAUCCCAAGUGUAUUGAGUGCAACAAGGAGUUCGCCACUCGCAUCGACUACGACACCCAUCUGCUGUCUGCCGAGCAUCUGAAGAAGGCCGCCGAGAGCAACACCAAGGUUGGUGAGCGCAAGCGCCAAACCUUGCCCAUCAGCACUGAGGAGGAGGAGACCCGCGAUCUCCGCCUGCCCCAGAAGCGCAAGAAGAAGCCAGCCAAGAAGGAGGGUGAAGCCGCCGACGGUGAGGCCAAGAAGGAGGGUGGCGGCGAUGGUGAGGCUGCCGAGGGUGAAGAAGCCGAGGGCGAUGAGGCCAAGGAAGGCGAAGAGGGUGCCGACGAGACCAAGGAGGGCGAAGAUCUUAACGAGAGCCAGGAGGAAGAGGAGGUGGCCCUGCCUGUGGAUCCCGAGGACUGCAUCCUUGACUUCAAUGACGGCGACGAGAUCCCCAGCGAGGUGGACACCCGCCUACCCAAGUACAACUGGCAGCGCGCCGUUGGUCCUGGCCUGAUCUCCAAGCUCGAGUGCUACGAGUGCUCGGUGUGCAGCAAGUUCUUCGACACCGAGGUGACCGCCGAGAUUCACUCGCGCACAGCUACCCAUCACCGCAACUUCUUGAAGUUCAUCAACGAAAAGUCCAGCGAUACCAAGAUCGCCCAGAAGCGCGCUGCCGCUGCCCUGGAGGAGAAUGAGCGCAAGAAGCGCAAGAUAGAGGAGGCAGAGGCUCCGGCCACUGAGGGAGCCGCCGAGGAAGCUACUGAGGAGGCCGAGGGUGAGCUGUACGAUCCUUCGGAAGCCACCGGUGACGAUGACGACGUAGAGAUGGCUGAUGACAAUGCCGAGGGCGAAGGUGAAGGAGAGGGCGAAGAAGAGGUCGAGGGUGCAGAUGAUGGCGCCUCCCAGGACAAGGGGGAGGAGGAGAUGGAGGCCCAAGAUGAGGAACAAGAGGCCGAGCCAGAAGCCGAAGCGGAGCCUGCGCCAGUCAAAACUCCCGCGCCCAAGGCGGUAGCCAAGACCCCAGCCAAGGCACCCGCUGCUGCCGCCACUCCUGCUGCUGCUGCGGCCCCAACGCCGGAUGCCUCUCCAUCACCGGCCAAAAAAGCAACGCCGGCUCGCGCUGCCACCGGAGCCAAGGCCACACCGCAACGCCAACGUGCCCGUGGCCGCUACAAUCGCUACUAAGUAGACGUCGAAGGAAUUCGUAAUUUAACAUAACAUAUACUUUAACUCUAUACAAGAAAAUAAAUACAUUCACGCCCAGGAGGAUGAAGAGCAGAUCACAUCGAUCUCUUCCCGUAAUUUGACAUUUGCAUCCCGAUUUGCAUAAAAACUGAAUGAAUCGAAACAGACAAGACAAGCAACUUUGCGUUGGAACAGUUGAAUACAUUGUAGCUGAUGGAGGAACUUCUUGAUUUUUUUCUGUGACGAGGAAGAAAACAAACAAACAACAUGAUUGAAUUGAUUUCCAUAUGAAUUACACCCAAUUCACCACCUCCCCACUGCAUACCAUACCAGCCAGUCGACCAUUCAAACUAUGUAAUCAUAAAAAUUUUAAAAUAAACAAAAUAGUUGUAAAACAAAUGCAA